UAGCUAUAUGUAUUUUUCUUCAACCUCCCAAGAAUCAUUAUCUUCAUCAACCAAUACAAUAUUAUAAGUAGCCAACCCCCAUGUUCUAGAUUUGUAAAAAGAUUACAAAUCUGAUUUCUUUUAUAUUAUUUUCCCUUUUUGUUUUUUUAUUAGACUUUCCCAUUGCUUGCCUUAUAAUUCAAAAUCAGCUUAGAAAUUUGGAAAGAUUUGGUCAGAUCUUGCUUUGUGAGUUGUGGAGAUUUUGUUGCGUUUUUUUUACUUCUUUACAAAGCCAAACUCAUCACCAUUUUAAAGUAAGGCAAAAAACAAGAACCCCAUCAAAAAAAAAAACAACAACUUUUUUUUCUUCUCAUAUUUCAAAGAUCUGUUCUUUUUUUUUCUCUAUAAUAAUUUGGAAAAAUUGGAACAAUGGGAAUGGCAGCAGCAGAAUCUCAGUUUCAUGUUUUAGCUGUUGAUGAUAGCAUAAUAGACAGAAAACUCAUUGAAAGGCUAUUAAAAACUUCAUCUUGUCAAGUUACAACUGUUGAUUCUGGAAGUAAAGCUUUAGAAUUUUUGGGUUUACAAGAAGAUGACAAGAAUCACUCAACUCAGUCUUGUGUCUCUCUUGACAAUCAUCAAGAAGCUGAAAUUAAUCUUAUUAUAACAGAUUAUUGUAUGCCUGGGAUGACAGGCUAUGAUUUGCUCAAAAAAAUUAAGGAAUCUUCAUCUCUGAGAAACAUACCUGUAGUCAUUAUGUCAUCUGAAAAUGUUCCUUCAAGAAUCAAUAGAUGUUUAGAAGAAGGGGCAGAAGAAUUUUUCUUGAAGCCAGUGAGAUUAUCAGAUGUUAAUAAACUUAGACCUCAUAUGAUGAAAACCAGAAGUAAAAGCCAGCAACAAGAAGCUGAGAAAAUUGUCACAGAAGAAAAAAUAGAAAUAUCAUCAGAAGAAGUACAACAGCCACAAACAGAAUCAAAUACAGAACACAAUCAACAGCAGAAAUUACAAGCCAAUAAUAAUAAUAACAAGAGGAAGGCCGUAGAAGAAAAUCUAUCACUAGAUACAACAAGACCAAGAUACAGUAUUAAUGGCCUUGCCGCUGUCUGAGCUAAUGAUGCAUAUAUUAUUUUUUACUUUUUCUCCACAAAUAUAGCAAGUAAUUCUGAUAUUAAUAUUUAGGUUACUUCUUUUUUUUGGUUUUGUUAUAACGUUCUUUAAUUACCAACUUACAUAGCUUGAAUACGAGAUUAAGCGAAAUGUUUCACAUUUCAUAUGGAAAAAUAUUUCAGCCAAUUUUGUUUUCUUAAUCUAAGAGGGGCUAGAACAUAUUCUCUCUUGCUUCAUGUAAAUAGCAAAUAUAUAACAUACAAGUGUUUUUUCAUUGAACAUGUUAAUUUUCAGUUGGCGAAA